CCCGCGGGGGCGGCGGGAGCGGCGGCAGCCCGCGGCGCGGCGGAGAGGUUCCAUCUUUCAUUCUUACUGGUCUUGUUUUGUACUGUUGUGAUGAUCCACGUUUACUUGAAGGCCACAGCCGGGUAUGGAUUUAGUAUCUAAGUGGAUGGGGCUGCAGUAAGUGUCUUUUUGAAGCCCCUAGCACAUCCUGUGCGUGGUCUGCACAAACUCUAGUGCUUACCUUACAGUCUUGAGAGCUCAGAAGAACCAGCUUGUCAAUGCCAACGUGUGAAAGCACGUGGGGUGGUUUAAGAGAGAAUAUAUUCUACGAAAUGGCUGUGAAUUAAGUGUGGAAGAAUGAACUGUCGGAACAGUGGAGAAGUGCCCACUGAAGGCUGGAGAAUGGAGGUCUCUGAGGGGGAGGAAAGGACUUGGUGAAAGUCACAGGUCAUGGAGGAUGCAAACCUGAGCUGAUUCUGUUAUCUUCCCCUGUCCUCCAAUCCAUGCAGUGGCAUUAGGCCACUGUGUUACUGGCACCUGCAGGCCAAUGGAUGAACAGGACAGUGAUUUUAAAGAGCUGUGGGCAAAUAUUUUGGGCAGAGCGAAGAAAAAAUCUGGGGAUGCUGAGGCAGCAAAGAAGGCCCAGAAAAGGUCAAAGAGCACUGCUGCAAGAAGCAAAUUAAGAAGAGGCAAAGCUGCUGCCAGGAGCCAAAACCAUCACCUCUUUCCAGCAGCAAAGAAAGCAAACUUGACUCAAGAUUUGGGUCCUAAGGAACAAGUUUUGGUGCACAAAGAAGACAGUGACAAUGUGGCCUGUAGUAGUGGUGAGAAUGAGCAAGGGGAUGGAAAGAUAAGCCCCUUCACUGCCAGCCAGCUGAGUACAGCAGCCAGUGACUGCAGCCAGAGGACUCUGACAGUAAAUGCUCUGAGUGGCUCUUCCCAGACUACAUUAUCCUUCCAUCCUGCUACACAGCCAGGGGCCUGCUCUUCACCCACCUCAAAGAUACCGCCGCUCGCAGGACCAAAGGCACGGGUAGCAGAGCUGGUAGUGGAGAGAAUGCAGCAGUUCAAGAGAGUGGCACCUGAGCAGCUAAAACACAGCACAGAUGACAGCUUGCCAAAAUCUGUAGCCAGCGGGGAUUUUCCUGAUGAAAGCCAGGAGCAGAACUCACCAGAGAAUGAUAUCCACGAUCUUCCAUCCAUGCAGCAUGAUGGUGCUCUGGCUUUGGCUCUUCAGCAGGAAACCAAAGAGGAAGCCCUGGAGGAUGCAGGCUUGUUCUUUUGUCAGAUCUGCCAAAAGGAUCUCUCAGCCAUGAACUCAACACGGCGAGAGCAGCAUGUUAACAGGUGUCUGGAUGAGAUGGAAGAUGCGCAGCUGUCAUCCUCCAGCAAACCACUGGUCCCUGAAUGUCCCAUCUGUGGGAAGCAAUUCCAAACCCCCCAGAGCCGAGUCAGUCACUUGAAGCGCUGUGCUGUCGAGAUGGAUGUUCCCCCUAAGAUGCUUCUUCAGGCAGUGCAGUUGCAGAUGUCCACACUUGGUGAUGCACCUCUACAGUUUCCCACCAAUCAACUAAGCAGGUCAAAGCGAAAAGGCUCCUCCAAAGAGGACUCAAAGAACAAGCAGAAGAGGGCCAAAAUGGAGACUAAGGAUGAAGAUUUGCUGGUUGCUAUGGCAAUGUCACGCUCUCUGUUGGAGCAAGAAAAGCAGGAACAGGCAAAAUCAGUUACAAACGUGAAACCAGUGGCUGCUUUGCCAAUCAAAUGGAAGCCAGGAUCAGAUAAAAAACGACGUAAAAGAGGCCCAAGUACACCUCCACUGUUACUACUUCAGAAUCCAGAGAAGGCCCGCAAAAGGAUCCAGGAGCGGGUAGCUAUGCUGCUUGUAGAAGAGGCUGAAUUCCCUCCCACCCCUCAGCUUCCCUCUAGCAGGAUUUUGGAGGAUGAAUCUGGGAAAGCAGCCUGGCUCUUGCCAUUGCCCAAAAGCAGGGACUGCUUUUUGUGGAAUAUCAGUGCUCUCACAGGACCUUGUGACCCUGAAUUAUUCUACACUGCUGCAUUGAACCCUCCGAUUGUACCUUGGAAACCUGUGCAGAAUCAUGAGGCAGACAACGUUCUGCCAUCAGUAGGAUCCGAUCAACCAGAAGAAUCUCAGCAAAUGCAGCCUGACCUCAGUUCUCAUGAUCCCACUUGCGUAACGGUCAGAGACCAAACUUCUGAUGAAUUCAAGUCAGGCCCUGAAGAAGAUGGGCAAUAUUUAUCUCACAGCCAGAAGGAUGUUCAGAACCUGCAGAACCUAGUUGAGUUGGCCAAGGAAGGACUUACCCUUACUCAGCGGAACCUUGAUGUUGACCACAUUCAAGCAGCAGAGCAAUCAGGAAAAGAACUGACUUCCAGUGACUCUCCACAUACUGGUUUUGUCCCAGCACACAAAGAGAAGAAAUUCCUGACAAGCAGCUCUAAGAAAUCCUCCCUCAGGUUGCUGGCUGAAGAUUUCAGUGCAAUGGUCAACAACCCCCACUUAAGUGACGUGCAGUUCCAGGUGGACUCUGGGGAAGUCAUUUAUGCCCACAUGUUUGUGUUGUACGCACGGUGUCCACAGGCCGUUCAGGUUGUUCACAGGGAAGGGUUCUUAGUGGAGGAGGAUGGGAACGCGCAGACACGCCGUGUGCUGCUGAGUGACGUGACAGGAGAGGCGGCCUGCGCAUUCCUGCGAUACCUUUAUGCUGCUGAUGCUGGCAUCCCUGCUGGGAUGUUGCCCCAGGUCGGGGCUCUGGCUGCCAGGUUUGGUGUGAGGGAGCUGAUAGCAGAGUGUGAAAAUAACACUGGAGAGAGCCAGGUGUCUUCUGGAGUGGAUUCAGAAGAUGAUCUGAUCUCUGUGAGGGAUGACAAAGAUUGUGAGGACAGAGCUGAGAACUUCCAAGACCUACUGAAGUCAGUAUGGGUGGGUGAAGAUGAGGAAGAAGCAGCUGUCCUGAACCCUGAAUGUGAGAAAGAAGAUGACAAUGGGGUGGGGGAACAGGAGCUGGAGGAAAUCUAUGAGUUUGCUGCGACUCAGAGAAAGAUAGUUCAACGUGAAACAGAAUUGAGUGAGGGAACAGACGGCAGCACGUGCAGUGACACUGAGGCAGCCCUAGGUAUGAACCAGCAGGUGGAGGAGGAAGAAGUAAAGAGGUCUGAAUCUGCUUCAAUAAGUAACAGCUUCAAAGAUCUGAGGGAUGACAAUGAUGUGGAAAGACCUAAAUGUGACUUGUCUGCAGAAAAAGAGAAAAUGCAGAAUAUAAAUAGAUGCAAAAGAGUGAAUGUUGCACAGAUCCCUUUUGUGCCUCACCACAGUGAACCUCAAAAGUGGGAUGUAGCAUCCCAUGGUGCCACCACUAAUGAAGGAGAGACCAUUAGGAGAUGCAAUGGUGGGAAGGAUUCCGAGUCAUCUCAGGUCUCAUGUGAUGUAGAAGGAGAAAGUCACUGUGAAAAACAGUUUUCUAGCUUCCACAAUGAUACUAAUGCAAAUGAAAUUUAUGAACACUUAUUUUCUGCAACUCAGGGUGAUUACUCUGAGCCUUCCCCGAUGAAAGAAGGUGUUAAAGAAUCAGAAAAGACUCUCGGUGAAAAACAUGUUGAUGUUAAUGAUUCUCUACUGAACAGCAAAUCACAAACAGACCUCUCUCCACGUAGAAACACUUUGUACAGUUCUCCUUUCAAAGCUUAUGUGCCCCUUUUUCCUGCUGUUGGCUCUUCACCUGUGUCUCCAAAAUCGGACAGGAAGCUUGCCAGAGAACAUGUAUCAGCUUUACAGGAAAACAAAAAGAAAAAAUCAUUCCCAUCUAAUGAAAUACUCUUUCAGAAAGCUAAUGAGCUGGAUACUGCAUCAGGAAACGAGAACACAAUUUCUCCAGCAGAGCUUCCCCACACUGAUUUAAACAAGCAUAUGAAUGUCCCAGUGCUGUCAUCACCAGUUAUCAGAACUCAAGAUCCUGCAGCUCAGGGGAACGAGAAGUGUGAUGUUAUUGUUUUAUCUUCUGAUGAUGAAAUGGAGCUACAAGACAAGAAGUCACCAGAGUCAGGCCCUGCUCUGAAGGAAAUGGAAGUCUCUGGGCAACUGAAAUGUACAAAUGCAGAACAAGGUCCUGAGAUACCAAAACCUGAACAUAACUCAUCAGUCACUGAAACAGAGCAGAAAUCAACACAAGUCUCGUGUGUCAUUACAGAAAAGGUGCAUAUAAGUAGUGGUGUAAAGAUGUCCCCUGAAUUGCCUCUCAGCAGUCAAGUAGAUGGUUGUACAGAGGGCAAGCAGAGUCCAGAUGCGAGCCCUGAAAAAAGGCUCCAUGAAGUUUCUUCAGGUACAGACAGCUCCUGGAUAGUGCCAGACACACCAGUUCUGACCAAAAGCAGAAAUUUCUCAACACAGACUCAUGUCACAAGUAUUAACUCUUCAGAGAAUACAGGACCUAAAGCCAGCACAAGAAGCCUAGCAGCUGGUAAUAGUAACCAUGAAAUUGAUAGAAAUUUAGUAAAAGUUUCUGAACCAGCAUUGUCAGACAAACAUUUGCCUCUGGAGAACUCAGUCAGUGAAAGGAAUCCUUCCAGCAGUCCAGAAGCAGAAUCAUCUUCUAAGAAAUCCCCACCAGUUUCUGCAGUGGAUGCCAUUGUCCUCUCCCCUGGCCACACCAACAUGAAAAACAAAUGUGCUAAUAGCUCCUUUUUGUCCCAAUCUUUGCCUCAUGGCCAUGGGCAGUCACUGGAAGAUAAAACAAACAUCAGCGUGGUUGAGGUAGAGGACAGUGAGGGGGAGAAGGAAAUAAGUAUAGCUUCUUUGAGCAGUAGUGUCUUGCUUAGUGACGAACCCCCAGUUCCUGUUGGUGAGUGCUGGCCUGUCGAGUGUCUGUCACCAGUCAGAGGUAACAGCCAGUACUCAAAGCAGGUUCGCCAUGCAAACACCAGAGCUGCCAGCAGUCCCGAACCUGGCUCUUCACACGACCGGUGGGAGAGCCCAGACCAAGCACAGGAAAUUAAGGGUAGUACUCCUCUUCAAGGAAAUCCUUCUGGCAGAAGAACAACUUUCUUCUGUCUUGAAAAGAGUCCUGUUGGGGCUUGUACAUCAGUGGGCAGUACACCAAGUUACCUGAACUCCAAAAUCUGGGAUGAUUGGGAUGAAGAAGAAGAGGAAGAUGAAUUUCCAGAGAUGCUUCCUCUGUCGCAGAGGGUGUCAGCUGCAGCAGAUGCAAAUCCUGUAAAGACUCCUGAACCUGCCUGUCAGGAGCGCAACCAGUCUCCCAGGACUCCAGUGACACCAAUGCCAGCUUACUCCAUGAUGGAGACCCCACAGCUGAAGAAGGAGUUGAAAAGAUUUGGAGUUCGUCCUCUCCCAAAGCGCCAGAUGGUGUUGAAGCUGAAGGAGAUAUUCCAGUAUACUCACCGGGAUGUGGACUCUGACUUUGAAGAUGAAAUCCCAUCCUCCCAGCCUCCCCUGCAGAAGUCCCCUGCCAAACGCUGUAGGCAGUCAAAGGCAGCACAGAGCACAGGUGGAAAGCGUCCCAAAGCCUCAAGGGCUGUGAGCAAAAGGAAGCAGGUUGCUACGGCUUCUUCAGUGCUCACUGUGGGAAGGGCUGGUGAUGACCUGGUUGGACCCCCUGAAAAAGGCUGUGCAGCCCCCAAGCAGGGAACUGGAAUGACACAUGACCCAGAAGGAGCCAAAGAGCAGACAAGGUCAGCUGUAUCUCCUGAGGGAUGGUCUCUGGCAGCUGACGGCGAAGACCUGAUGCUGUCAACGUCUCAGAAGUCUACAACUUCUUCAGGGGAUAGCAGCGACAUCUCUUUUGGUUCACAGAGUUCUUUUGCAAAAGAAUUUGAGGCCUGUGCAUUUGCAUCUGAAGAAGAAGAUGAAGAAGAGGUUCCAGCGUCUCAGGCAGCAGCUCGGGAAGAAGAAAAGCUGGAGGCAGUGAGGUGCUACAUCCGUUCAAACCCAGCCCUGUACCGCAGGAUUCUCUUCUAUGAGCCGAUUGAGCUGGCUGUGCUGCAUGCAGAGCUGAAACUGAACGGCAUUAAGAUUGCCAAGGCAAAGCUGCUGGACUUUUUGGAUGCUCACUGCAUCACCUUUACCACAGCUGGAGCACGGAAAGAGAAGGAACAGAAAGGAAAGGGGAACAAAAGACGGCGGAAACGAUACUGAAUGGAGCCCACUCCUCCAUCCUGAAAAUUCUGUACAUGGAGGCCUUCUUCGUAAGGUGGAAAUCCUAUUGCAGGCUGGUGCUGUCAGCGAUGGUGUGAUCAGUGGGUGCACUGCUCCUCCUUGUGGCGCGCUGCCCAGAUGACAUGCUGCAGAAUGGAUCUGAGCUGAGCUUUUCUCCCAGCCUUCGUCCGAGUUGCACAAACUCCUCUUUCAGGAGCCUCUUUCUAUCCCACGAUUUUCCUCCUGUGCAUUUUCUUGUCUUUCCAUUUUUCUAGUAGGUUUUCAAUUCCCAACUUUUCUUCCUCUUGGUGCUUCUGGAAGCAGGUACUUCCUCUGCUGACCCUUGCCAAGGCCUUUGCCCUGGCCUUGGGCUGUGACCUACUUCACCCUUCAAGUUCCAGAAUUGAGUAGAAUAACCCGUCCCAGCUGGUCCCCUUUCCUCUGUAAAGCACCUGAGUAUUAAGACCCCAGUGACUUCAGUCUUCUUUUUUUUUCACCAUGUGAUUUUCCUGCUGAUUGUUAAGGCGGGGAGGAGCAUUGUGUGCCUCCCUUCUGCCCUUGAUUCAAUUUGCGGUCCCUGGUAAAACUCACAAAUCUGUUCCAGAAGUGGCUGCACAACAGUGGAGGUGUUUUGCUAGUCUAUUUGUGGUGGCUCCCCAAAGUGCCCUCUGACACCAGAUGUCAUGUGAAAACUGUUGAAUGUUCAGCUGUGUAUGUUCACUUGCAUGCUGGGAUCUGUGCUAACGAUAUCAUCUGCUCCAUUUUCAAAGCAUUGUUUUACCUUGGUAUGGUAGCUUGACUAUGCCCUUGACAGAGAUGUUUUUAAAAAGACAGUAUUAGAGUGGCCAGUGGGUUUCUUAAGCACUUCUUAUAACCUGAUCUGAACCCACUUCCUUGAUCCAAACUGGACUGAUCUUUGGUUGCACACUGUCUGGGACACUUGGAGAAGUCUUAGACCCUAAAUUGCCAUCUUGUAUUUAUUUACUUUUACAACAUUGUCUGACUUUUCUCUGUUCUGGCAGUUCUGAGUCUGCAAAGAGUCUCACUCAGCAAACUGGACACAACGCUUAAAAAAAAAAAAAAAAGCCUUAUUUCUAGAUGUAUUUAUAUAUUUGGAACAUAUUUUUUAUUUUAUUAUUAUUUGAUACAGUACAGCCUUGCGUUUAUUUGAUUUAUAUACAAUAAACAAUUUGUAAGGUAACAAUGCUAA